CAAAGGAAGCGGCGCCGGAAGUUGAAGCGAGUGGCAAAGAGGUGUGUCUGGCAGGGAACCCUUUUAGCCUUCAGCCACUGGGCCGAAUCCGUCGACAUCUGGGCCCGCUUGGGUCGUACAGUUAUAGAAGAUGGCAAAAUUCAUUACGCCUGUAGUACAGGACAAUCCAUCUGGUUGGGGUCCAUGUGCUGUUCCUGAGCAGUUCAAAGAUAUGCCUUAUCAGCCCUUCAGCAAAGGAGAUCGGCUGGGAAAGGUUGCAGACUGGACUGGAGCUACUUAUCAAGAUAAGCGAUACACAAAUAAAUACUCAUCCCAAUUUGGAGGUGGAAGCCAGUAUGCUUACUUCCAUGAGGAAGAUGAAGCCAGUUUCCAGCUAGUGGACACAACACGAACACAGAAAACUGCAUAUCAAAGGAAUCGUAUGAGAUUUGCACAGAGGAACCUUCGAAGAGACAAGGACCGACGGAACAUACUUCAGUUCAACCUGCAGACUCUGCCUAAAAGUGCCAAGCAGAAGGAGAGAGAUAGACUGCGUCUGCAAAAGAAAUUUCAGAAGCAGUUUGGAGUGAGGCAGAAAUGGGACCAAAAAUCUCAGCAGAAGCCGCGUGAUUCCUCAGUGGAAGUUCGCAGUGACUGGGAGGUGAAGGAGGAGAUGGAUUUCCCUAGAUUAAUGAAGAUGAGAUAUUUGGAGGUGUCAGAGCCUCAGGACAUAGAAUGCUGUGGGGCUUUAGAAUAUUAUGACAAAGCUUUUGACCGCAUCACCACAAGAAAUGAAAAAAAUCUUCGUAGCAUUAAGCGCAUUUUCCAUACCGUGACUACCACUGAUGAUCCAGUCAUACGCAAGCUGGCCAAAACUCAAGGGAACGUAUUUGCUACAGAUGCUAUCCUAGCCACCCUCAUGGCUUGCACUCGUUCAGUAUAUUCCUGGGAUAUCAUAGUCCAAAGAGUUGGAUCCAAGCUGUUCUUUGACAAAAGAGAUAACUCUGAUUUUGAUCUUCUUACAGUGAGUGAAACUGCUAAUGAACCACCACAGGAUGAGGGCAAUUCUUUCAAUUCACCUCGCAACCUUGCUAUGGAAGCCACCUACAUCAACCACAACUUCUCUCAGCAGUGCUUAAGAAUGGGGAAAGAAAAAUACACAUUUCCCAAUCCAAACCCAUUUGUGGAAGACGAUAUGGAUAAGAAUGAGGUAGCUUCUGUUGCAUAUCGGUAUCGAAGGUGGAAGCUGGGAGAUGACAUUGACCUGAUAGUACGUUGUGAGCAUGAUGGAGUGAUGACUGGAGCCAAUGGAGAAGUAUCAUUCAUCAACAUUAAAACACUGAAUGAAUGGGAUUCAAGGCACUGUAAUGGAGUAGAUUGGCGUCAAAAGCUGGACUCCCAGAGAGGAGCUGUGAUUGCCACUGAACUGAAAAAUAAUAGUUACAAACUUGCUCGUUGGACUUGUUGUGCAUUGCUGGCUGGAUCAGAAUAUCUUAAACUGGGAUAUGUCUCCCGAUAUCAUGUGAAAGAUUCUUCACGCCAUGUGAUCCUGGGCACACAGCAGUUCAAACCCAAUGAAUUUGCAAGCCAAAUUAAUUUAAGCAUGGAGAAUGCCUGGGGCAUUCUGCGCUGUGUCAUUGACAUCUGCAUGAAACUGGAUGAGGGCAAGUACCUUAUCUUGAAGGAUCCCAACAAGCAAGUUAUCCGUGUUUAUAGCCUGCCUGAUGGCACCUUCAGCUCUGAUGAAGAGGAUGAUGAAGAGGAGGAGGAAGAGGAGGAAGAAGUUGCAGAAGAAGAGACCUGAACAUUACGACCAGGCAAUAGGAUCAAUAGCAUCUUGAAGGAAAUCCAACGUUUUAUUCUUCAUGGAUGGAUCAGAGCUGAAUCUGCACCUUGUUUGGCUACAACUUAAGAAAUAAAAAUAAUACCUUGAUAAA